AAAGUUCAAGGGGGCCGAAUACUUUCGCAAGGCACUGUAUUUUGUCAAAUAUCUCGUAAUGUGUAUAUUUAGAUUUUUUUUAUUUAUUUGGACACCAUUUUAAUCAUGUUUUUUUCCUACUUCCUCGUUAUGCAGACAUAAGCACACUAGGCACCACUCAGACAGGAUCCUUUGAAGUCAGAGUAGAUAGCCAGAGCGAAUUCACGAAAGCACCCGAAUGUCCAUUGAGGACGCACAACGACUGUACCAUAUAGCUAAGCUAAGAAUGACGUCAAUAAACAUUGGGUAGUUAGUUAGUUAGCCUAUAUUGAUGUAUAAGUUAGUAGCCAACUAAGGUUAGGUAGGUAGUUAACAUACAUACUGUUGUAAUGAUAUGCAAUAUGGUUCGUAAGGACAGCAUAGCUAACAAAUUGUCAGCCAACAUAACGUGUAAAGUAACUUAUUUGAAAAAUCAUUACUUUAUUACGUUGCUUAACAUUUGUCUUAAAUAGUUAAAACAAUGAAUUUCUAUCCGCUCUCGUACUUCGGCUGCAUAUUUUCCGCCAUUAUCUUCAUAUCGGAAAACGAUGUGAAGCCAUGCCCAUUUCCUGAAGAAUUGCAUUAGGGGCCCUAAAGUACAGAAAUAGUGUCCUCUGUGUGUAUACUUCAUAUUUUGGUGAAUUGAGUAUGACAUCUGGGAACUUUUGGCAUACUAACUAUAUCCAUACUAUGACCAAUACGCUACUAUAUACUCAAUUCACGUCACAAAUAGUACGGUUAAUGCGGUUAGUAUGAGUAUUCGAACACGGCUCAAGUGAUAUUUAGGUUUCCACCAUGAAGGUAGAAAAUCUUUAACUCAUCUUUAUGUAUGUGCACUAAUGGCUGCUUUGACACGCCACUGAGGGCUUUCUCAUAGAGAUAGAGGACUCUAGUGCCCAAAAGCUCUUUUAGCAUGGGCAGUGCCAUUCAGUACUUUAGACAUUUUGAAAUAGUCAACUGUGCAAAGGAUAGAGGGUUUUCGGAAUGAAAUGUAGAUUUGAUUUUAGCUUGUGAUUCAUUUUGCUCCAAAUGUGUAAAUCUCCAAUAAAAUUUGUAUCAACUAAAUAUCACAAAAAUCAAACAGGUAGUAGUAGUCUUUAGUAGUAGUGUAGUCUUUGGUAUUUCCCAGCCUCUUAUUUCCCCAUCACUUCCUCUCAAAUGUGAGAAACGACCCAGAUACAGAGUAAGAAUGUGUGAAAGGCGGAACAGAAAGAGUUGUGGUUGAGAGACUGGUUAGGAGAAGUUGAACAGAAGGAGCAUGGUGCCUUGACAUUAUUGUAAAUGAGUGCUGGGCAAUAUCACACAUUUAAGCUCUAGAUUUCUCAGCUUACCCCUCAACCACACACACAUCUACUCCACUUUCAAUCCUAGACAAAUCCAUGGCCACUUAAUGUACCUCGUAACUCAGCAAAGAGUUGAACUGGCAAACAGGUUCUGAAAACAGUGUUGACACAUAUGACACCCACUAUGACCAGAAGCCUCUUAUUUCCCCCUCACUUCCCCUCAAAACGUAGAAAUGGCCCGGAUACAGAGUAAAAACGUGUGGAAGGUGGAACAGAAAGAGUUAUGAUUGAGAGACUGGCUAGGAGAAGUUGAACAGAAGGAGCAUGGUGCCUUGACAUUGUUGUAAACAAUGAAUGCUGUUGCCUGGCAACCCAAACUCCCUGCUCCGGCCAAACGCUACGCCACGUCCAUGGAUGUAAGUUUAUUCUCUGCAAUUAGUCUGGAUCUGAGUACCUCCCUGACAAUUUCUAGAACGCAAACGCAUUCUAAGCGCUCUGAUUGGUCCCAGAAACCGAUGGGUUGGAGCAAAGCCAGAACACAUGUGGGUAAAGUAGUGUUGUGAAAAUUUGUCAUUGGCUUUGAUACUCUGAUUGGUUAGAGAUAAUACAAUCACUGACAACUUUGUGUUGUACAUGACCUUUCAUUUUGACGUCACCACUAACGACUUCAACGAUGGCAGUCUCAGAUUGAAGUAUGUAGCGAACAUAGAACAGUGGAAGAAUUCAGUUUGAGUCGUCAGGAAAUGAGUGCUGGGUAAUAUCACACGUCACUCUCCAUAAUUCUCAUCCUUCCCCUCAACCACACACACACACACACACACACACACACACGCACUCAAUCGUAGACAAACCCAUGGCUAUGUACUUAUUGUACCUCGUAACUCAGCAAAUAGUUGAAUUGGCAAACAGUAGGUCCUGAAAACAGUGUUGGCACACAUGACACCCACUCCCACACCCUCCUUGUCUGCCAGCACCUUCACACACGCACACAAAAUAUCAUAUGAAAGUUUCUGAGGCUGUGUGUGUUAGUAGUAUAGAGAUCAUGUCUUCUCUCCUCUCAGAGUGUUUGUAUGAGAUCAGUCAACAGGCUGCACCUCCCUGUAAGGAUUACCACCAACUCACAGUCACCCAGACACAGGUGGUUUUCAAGGUGUGGAGAGUGUCCUGUCCUCUACGACACGAGAAACCACAACCUGCAGAAAACAAGAAAUCACACACAGACUUCCUACAGGAUAGCCACGCACAAGGUCACAUAGGGCGAGUGUUUGGUCCACACACUCUGGACUAUGUGGUGAACCUGUGUUGGCAUCGCUAUGACUACCUGGUCCGGCUCCCUGAUUGGCUGCUCCUGAACAUCCUGUCCUUCCUGGAGUGGGCAGAUAUUAAGAAUAUCUCCCAGACCUGCAAGAGGCUCCAACAGCUAUGCUGCAGUGAGGGGUUUUGGGCGCAGGGGACAGCUGGGGCCAGGUACGGGCAGAGUGAGGUCACUAUGGAGGGUGUGAGCCCUACUCUACAGCGCCGUCUGGUGGUGUUUCACAGAAGACAGGUGCUCUCCCGUCUGGCCCAGCAGCAGCAGCACAGCAAGAGGAAGAACAGUGUUUGGCAUCUGUGAGAGAGUUAGCCUGGUCACGCAGCGCUCUCGUUUCGUUUUACUUCAACAGAAUGUCAGCUAUCGCACGAUCAGGCAGAUUUCACCAGAAUACAUGUGAGAGGGACAGAGGAGCAAAGUCUGUCUGUCUGUCUGUCCGUGUCUCUCAACCACUUUCAAGAUAUUUUAUUAUCAUCUAUUACAUUUCCAUGACCUGACUAGUUAUGUUAGGCACAUAUGGCAGAGUUAGUUUACAUAUGUAGUGUAGCUGCCUGUCAGUGUUUUGAAUGGCCAGCAGGUGGUGAUAUUAAGCAGAAAUCAGCGCCUCAUAAACCUCUUUGAUUCACUAAUAGGUGUUUGGUAGCCUGCUGUAGAACAUGUGUGCUCAACUAGGGGAAGAGGUAUUGCUACUCCAAAACCUUUUAAUGGUUAUAAUGAUACAUUGCUAAUGUUGUUUGUGUUUUUGGUCUCAAAUGAUAGAAUAAAGAACAUACGGCACAAUCACCUAUACAUUGUGUCUGUGAUGAAUCAAACAUAUAGACAGUAGUUCAUCAAUAGAAGGACCAUCUUGUAUUCUCCAAUGUACUGCAGACAGUCUGGAAGUCCUAAUCCAAUGCAUGUGAUUGAAUAUACUGGUCGCACAUCUGAGUGCUCUAGUCUUCUCUAACCACCAGAGGUUAAAGCCUAUAGUACUGUAGAGGCUUUCUGCUUGGGCUUUAUCAUGUUAGAGACCCCCCUCUGGUGUGUAGACUCAGCUGUAAUAAAAUUACAUUCUCUGAGUGAUGCAGCACACACACACACACACACCACACCGCACCACACCAUACCACACCACACCACAGUUCUCUUGGGGCAUAUUGACAAUUGAUGGACCACAAUGAUUGUAUAGAGUAAAGCAAUCACUGCAGUUAUCCAAGGUUGAGUUUAGUUGUUCUGUUGCCAUGGGGAUGUGCCCAUCUUUGAAUUGUUUUUGGAAUGUAAUAUGUGUUCUUUUCAAAGACUUGUAAAUAAGUAAAAGGUGUUGUCUGAGAGGAGAGAGAGAGAGAGAGAGAGAGAGAGAGAGAGAGAGAGAUAAUGAGCAAGGAAAUGGGGGGGUUCAUAUACUAGUGCACUCUGUAUGGAGAAGUGUGCCAUUUAGGAAGCAGACAGUAUCUGAAAGGACCAGUACCAGCCAGGUCUGUCAUUGAGAGCUAUUUAAUGGUGGCUGACAGGGCAACCAUAUGAUAGUCCCAGGAGUGGCCUGCCCAUUCAGUACUGUGACAAAGAUCAAUGAAUGAGGAGCUCUCUCUCUCACACACUCCAACUGUUCUCUCGCUCUGGUAGAGGGUCGCCGAAAUCCAUUCUGAAAACUGAAGUAGAUGAGGGUGGAAUUGCAUUGUGAAAAACAAGCCUUCUCUCUCUGGCAAGGAGAGUCGAAGGAAAAAUGAUUUUGGAAUGGAAUGCAGAAAGUAGCACGGAUUUUACAGCCUGGGUGUAGCCUAUGAAAUAUAAAUAAUAAUAAAAUAUAUAUACAGACACA